GUUCAGACUAAACAAAUGUUCAGACUAAACAAAUGCAUGUGGUAUCAUGGAAAACUCGAUAGAACUAUAGCAGAAGAACGCCUCAGGCAGGCAGGAAAGUCUGGAAGCUACCUUAUAAGAGAGAGUGAUCGGAGGCCGGGGUCCUUUGUACUGUCAUUUCUUAGCCAGACAAAUGUCGUCAACCAUUUUAGGAUUAUUGCUAUGUGUGGAGAUUACUACAUUGGUGGAAGGCGUUUUUCUUCUCUCUCAGACCUAAUAGGUUAUUACAGUCAUGUUUCUUGUUUACUUAAAGGAGAAAAAUUACUCUAUCCAGUUGCACCACCAGAGCCAGUAGAAGAUAGAAGACGUGUUCGAGCCAUUCUACCCUAUACAAAAGUACCAGAGACUGAUGAAAUAAGUUUUUUAAAAGGAGAUAUGUUCAUUGUUCACAAUGAAUUAGAAGAUGGAUGGAUGUGGGUUACAAAUCUAAGAACAGAUGAACAAGGCCUUAUUGUUGAAGACCUAGUAGAAGAGGUGGGCCGGGAAGAAGAUCCACAUGAAGGCAAAAUAUGGUUCCAUGGGAAGAUUUCCAAACAAGAAGCUUAUAAUUUAUUAAUGACAGUUGGCCAGGUCUGCAGCUUUCUUGUGAGGCCUUCAGAUAAUACUCCUGGUGAUUAUUCCCUGUAUUUUCGGACCAAUGAAAAUAUUCAGCGAUUUAAAAUUUGUCCAACACCUAAUAACCAGUUUAUGAUGGGAGGCCGAUAUUAUAACAGUAUUGGGGACAUCAUAGAUCACUACCGGAAAGAACAGAUUGUUGAAGGCUAUUAUCUUAAGGAGCCUGUACCAAUGCAGGAUCAAGAACAAGUACUCAAUGAUACUGUCGAUGGAAAGGAAAUCUAUAAUACAAUUCGCCGUAAAACAAAGGAUGCCUUUUAUAAAAACAUUGUUAAGAAAGGUUACCUCCUGAAGAAGAGCAAAGGAAAACGCUGGAAAAAUUUAUAUUUUAUCUUAGAGGGCAGUGAUGCCCAACUUAUUUAUUUUGAAAGUGAAAAACGAGCUACAAAACCAAAAGGGUUAAUAGAUCUCAGUGUAUGUUCCGUCUACGUUGUCCAUGAUAGUCUAUUUGGCAGGCCAAACUGUUUUCAGAUAGUAGUUCAACACUUUAGUGAAGAACAUUACAUCUUUUACUUUGCAGGAGAAACUCCAGAACAAGCAGAGGAUUGGAUGAAAGGUUUGCAAGCAUUUUGCAGUUUACGAAAAAGUAGCCCAGGGACAUCUAAUAAACGUCUUCGUCAGGUCAGCAGCCUUGUUUUACAUAUUGAAGAAGCCCACAAGCUCCCAGUAAAACACUUUACUAAUCCAUAUUGUAACAUCUACCUGAAUAGUGUCCAAGUAGCAAAAACUCAUGCAAGGGAGGGGCAAAACCCAGUAUGGUCAGAGGAGUUUGUCUUUGAUGAUCUUCCUCCUGACAUCAAUAGAUUUGAAAUCACGCUUAGUAAUAAAACAAAGAAAAGCAAAGAUCCAGAUAUCUUAUUUAUGCGUUGCCAGUUGAGCAGAUUACAGAAAGGACAUGCCACAGAUGAAUGGUUUCUGCUCAGCUCCCAUAUACCACUAAAAGGUAUUGAACCAGGAUCCCUGCGUGUUCGGGCACGAUACUCUAUGGAAAAAAUCAUGCCAGAAGAAGAGUACAGUGAAUUUAAAGAGCUUAUACUACAAAAGGAACUUCAUGUAGUCUAUGCUUUAUCACAUGUAUGUGGACAAGACCGAACACUACUUGCCAGCAUCCUACUGAAGAUUUUUCUUCAUGAAAAGCUUGAAUCAUUGUUGUUAUGCACACUAAAUGACAGAGAGAUAAGUAUGGAAGAUGAAGCCACUACCCUAUUUCGAGCUACAACACUUGCUAGUACCUUGAUGGAGCAGUAUAUGAAAGCCACUGCCACACAAUUUGUUCAUCAUGCUUUGAAAGACUCCAUUUUAAAAAUAAUGGAAAGCAAGCAAUCAUGUGAGUUAAGUCCAUCAAAGUUAGAGAAGAAUGAAGAUGUGAACACUAAUUUAGCACACUUAUUGAACAUACUUUCAGAGCUUGUGGAGAAAAUAUUCAUGGCUUCAGAAAUACUCCCACCGACACUGAGAUAUAUCUAUGGGUGUCUGCAGAAAUCUGUUCAGCGUAAGUGGCCUACAAAUAACACCAUGAGAACAAGAGUUGUUAGUGGUUUUGUUUUUCUUCGACUUAUCUGCCCUGCUAUCCUGAGUCCACGGAUGUUUAAUAUCAUUUCAGAUUCCCCAUCUCCUAUUGCUGCAAGAACACUGACAUUAGUGGCUAAGUCUGUGCAGAAUUUAGCAAACCUUGUGGAAUUUGGAGCUAAGGAACCUUAUAUGGAAGGUGUUAAUCCAUUCAUCAAAAGCAAUAAACAUCGCAUGAUCAUGUUUUUAGAUGAACUUGGGAAUGUACCUGAACUUCCGGACACUACAGAACAUUCUAGAACUGACCUGUCUCGUGACUUAGCAGCCCUGCAUGAGAUUUGUGUAGCUCAUUCAGAUGAACUGAGAACACUCAGUAAUGAGCGUGGUGCACAGCAGCAUGUACUGAAAAAACUUCUGGCUAUAACAGAACUGCUUCAACAAAAACAAAACCAGUAUACAAAAACCAAUGAUGUCAGGUAGCAGCCUGUUGUUCUGCAUGGAUCAGCACGCCCAACAUGGGAAUUCACAUCACUAUGUCUCCUUUGCUCUUGCCAAAAAGUAAAAAAUAAAAAAAAAAGAGAAAGAAAAAAAAAUUAGCACACCUUUCCACAUUCCAGUGAUGUGUAAGCUAUGCAAACAAAAACCCAAGAUUCUGCUGGCUAAUAACUGCCAGCACCUUUGUAAGCUAUCUGUGCAGAAUAUUUGCACUUUUUCCACAUGGAAUCUUUACCAAACUCUGAGCCUUGGUGUACAGUUCAACUUUCACAAUAAAGAAAAAAAAGCUAUGUCUUGAACUUUGAAAAUAUAUUUUCAGUAUAUCCAUUGCCAAAGUUUUGUUGUCUUUUGGAAAACGAACUAUGAAAUCAACUGACCAAGAAAACACAUUCUAUUGACAACAGAAUUUAACUGGAUUGCAGACUGUUCUUACUGUAAUUUCUUCCUUCUAAAGAAUAUGACCAUUUGACUGUUCACUGAAUUUAUUUGUAUUUACAGUUUCCAGAGUUUGACAUUAUAAUAGGAACAAUCUUGCUGUAUACUUUUUAAAAAUACUGUGCUAUUCUUCCUGGAACUGUUGAAAGACAAUAUAUAGAAUGGAUGAAUAUAUGCUCAUCAGCUUUAUUUUUUAAACAUACCACUUAUUUUGUUGGAAUUGUCAAAGACUGUAUUUAGAUUUCAUGGUUUUGUUAAAAUGUUUACAAGUAAAUAGUUUAAAUUCAAUAAAUAUUAUUGGUCAUUGUACCAAUCAAUGCAUGUUACCCAUUUGACCAUUUUAUAGAUUACUGAUGUCUUUUAUGUUUAGACAAACUGCUAGAAUACUUGUGUCUACCCUAAGAUGAUUUUUUUGUUACUGUAUUAAUUAUGCAGACAACCUCAUCAGCCACUUAACAACUUAUACAUCUUUGAACUUCUUGUACGUGUUUUACUGCUGGAUAAUUUAGUUUGUAUAAUUCACCUGUUCUUAUGUCUGUAUUUUUUGUGAAGUAUCCACAGGGUUAAGUUAAAAUAAACCAAGGGAUAGCCUACAUAAUUAA